UCGAAGCAAAUGCCUACAUUGUGACUUUGACUCUAGCAGAUUUCCUCUGUCCCUGCUUCCAGCCUCUCCAUGCCAUGGCCUCUUCACCAUGGAUGGUGCCGCCCGCAGAGGCCUUGGGAUGGUUUCAGGUGACAGUCGCAGUUAGUAAGCGCUCUGUGCCCCAGUAAGAUAAACAUUCCUCUGCCAAAAGCUCAGUUUUCCUUUCGGGUUUUGGCAACAGCCUUGGAGGUUCUGUUUAACAUAGGAGAUGCUGUCAGUAAACCCUUUGUCAGGUUAUCUUUUUUAAGGAUUCUUAUGAGGCAUCAAAUAGCGUAGAUAGUAGUCAGAGAGCUGUUCCAGAGUGUCAAAGGAAUCUUGCUCACGAAACUCCAUUUAGAAUCUGAAUUUUAGGCCACCUCUUCCGCUGGACUACAGCUAGAAAAGUGUGGGAUUUCUGCUCCUGUGUGCAGGCCCUGCGGGGUACUAAGUGGGUACAGUUUUGGUCUUUGGAUCGGAAUAGCAUAGUGGUAAGAACUUGGGCUUUAGGUUGUGAGUCUGGCAGAUCCGAGUUGAGUCUUUGCCUGCCAGUUCCUAGCUGUGUGAUUUUAGAAAGUUAGGGUCCUUCGUGAACCUUUGUCUCCUCAUUUGCAAAAUGAGGAUAAUAGUACCUACCCCAUAGGUACAUUGUAAGGAUGAAAUGUGAUAAUAGAUAAACAGCACUUAACGUUUUUAUUUAUGUUUCCAAAUUAAGGCAUUUUCUUAGCUGGCUUUACACCUUAGAAAAUACCUUGGUUACCAAAUGAACAGUUUCCACUAAUUCUAAACGUAAAUUUUCAGAAGUUUACUUGUUGGAGGAAGAACAUUCUUAUGCUCAACCCAAAAUACCUUUAUUAUAGCCUUCAGCAGAUAUCAGAGUUAACUAAAAUGUAUCAAGUGCCUAGAACAGACAAUAAAUAUUAGCAGCGGUCUUUGUAAUUGUUAUUACUAGUAUUUACUCUUCACCCAUGCUCCAGUUUUGCAAGUCUUGUUGCAGAGAUAAUUAUGUGGGCUUACCUCACAGGGUGUGGAUUAAUUAGCUGAUGUUGGUAAAGCAUUUCAUAAAACCUUUGUGUACAGUAGAUUAAGUAUGAGAUUAAAGUUGGUAUAGUUCAAAAGCCUUUUCCUGUAAUAUGCUCUGUACAGGAGAGGUUCAUUUCCUUUCAGGGCAGGUGACAGACCAUUUUGUACGUAUGGUUUGUUCCCAGUGGCCUCAUACCAGUAGAACAGAGUCUUGCAGCCUGAAAUCACACUCAUGUGAAAAUACCCAGCAUUUUCAUAAGGUAUUUCCGGGGGAGGCCUGUCAGAGGCCGGCUGUCCGCUGUUUGGGAAGCUGUUUGGGAAGCAGCUGCUAUGUGCUGUGCCGCCUCGUCCUGGGCUGCGGUGGAGGUGUGUGAGCGGCUCCUGGGUGCAGUCUGACGCGGCCAGCUCCCUGGCAGGUUCUUCCAUUACUUUGAGAGCAGUUUCCGAAUGAAAUGUGCCUGGCCACUCAGCAGCUUUCUAAGCAAUUGCUGGCGUACGAAAAACAGAAUUUUGCUCUUGGCAAAGGCGAUGAAGAAGUGAUUUCUACACUCCACUAUUUUUCCAAAGUGGUGGAUGAGCUUAAUGUUCUCCAUACAGAGCUGGCUAAACAGUUGGCAGACACAAUGGUCUUACCUAUUAUACAAUUUCGAGAAAAGGAUCUUACAGAAGUAAGCACUUUAAAGGAUCUUUUUGGACUCGCCAGCAAUGAGCAUGACCUCUCAAUGGCAAAAUAUAGCAAACUUCCUAAAAAAAAGGAGAAUGAAAAGGUGAAGACUGAAGUUGUCAAAGAGGUGGCAGCUGCACGGCGGAAACAGCACCUUUCUUCCCUUCAGUACUACUGUGCCCUCAACGCGCUGCAGUACCGAAAGCGUGUGGCCAUGAUGGAGCCCAUGAUAGGCUUUGCCCACGGACAGAUUAACUUUUUUAAGAGGGGAGCAGAGAUGUUUAACCAAAGUAUGGACAGCUUUUUAUCCUCCGUUGCAGACAUGGUUCAAAGCAUUCAGGUGGAACAGGAAGCUGAAGCGGAAAAGAUGCGUGUGUCCCAGCAAGAAUUACUUUCUGUUGAUGAAUCUGUUUACACUCCAGACUUUGAUGUGUCUACACCACAGAUCAACAGGAACCUCAUCCAGAAGGCUGGUUACCUUAAUCUUAGAAAUAAAACAGGACUGGUCACCACCACUUGGGAGAGACUUUACUUCUUCACGCAAGGCGGGAACCUCAUGUGUCAGCCCAGGGGAGCUGUGGCCGGAGGUUUGAUCCAGGACCUGGACAACUGCUCAGUGAUGGCAGUGGAUUGUGAAGACCGACGCUACUGCUUCCAGAUCACCACGCCUAAUGGGAAAUCGGGAAUAAUCCUCCAGGCAGAAAGCAGGAAGGAAAAUGAAGAGUGGAUAUGUGCGAUAAACAACAUCUCCAGACAGAUCUACCUGACCGACAACCCAGAGGCAGUCGCCAUCAAGUUGAAUCAGACAGCUCUCCAAGCAGUGACUCCCAUUACAAGUUAUGGAAAAAAGCAAGAAAGCUCGCGCCCCAGCCAAAACCUGAAAAAUUCAGAGAUGGAAAAUGACAAGAUUGUUCCCAAAACAACAGUUAAUGUACCUGAACCUGAACAACUAAUUGCACCUGGAACACCUAUUCAAUUUGAUAUUGUGCUUCCGGCUACAGAAUUCCUGGACCAGAACAGAGGGGGCAGGCGGGUCAACCCUUUUGGUGAAACUGAGGAUGACACGUUUCCAGAAGCAGAAGAUUCUCUCUUGCAGCAGAUGUUUAUAGUCCGGUUUCUGGGCUCCAUGGCAGUUAACACCGACAGCACUGCGGAAGUGAUUUAUGAAGCGAUGAGACAAGUGCUGGCUGCUCGGGCCAUUCACAACAUCUUCCGCAUGACGGAAACCCACCUGAUGGUCACCAGCCAAACUCUGAGGUUGAUAGAUCCUCAGACUCAAGUAACAAGGGCCAAUUUUGAACUUACCAGUGUCACCCAGUUUGCUGCUCAUCAAGAAAACAAGAGACUGGUGGGCUUUGUGGUCCGCAUGCCCGAAUCCACAGGUGGAGAGUCUCUGAGCACGUACAUUUUUGAAAGCAACUCAGAAGGGGAAAAGAUAUGUUAUGCUAUUAAUUUGGGAAAAGAAAUCAUUGAGGUUCAGAAGGAUCCAGAAGCAUUGGCUCGGUUAAUGCUCUCCAUACCACUAACCAAUGAUGGAAAAUAUGUACUGUUAAACCAUCCACCAGAUGACACUGAUGGAAGCCCAAGUGAAAACAGAGGCGCAGAAUCUGAAGCCUAACUCUCUUGCCCCUUCGGGGGAAGAGCACCCCACAAGGAGAGCUGCCUCCUUAAGGGUCUCAACUUCUCUGAUAUGCAGGCACACGCCCUGGUUUCAGAAUGCUGACAGUCGCUCAUGGGAUGUCCCCUCGAUGCCUUGAUACUGAGACUUGGGAGGGCAACAGUAAGAAAUGGUUGACAACAUUCCUACCCAUCUACAAAUGUUAUUUUAGGUGCUUUGUGGUAAGUCGUAUUCUUAGAUUGCAUUGUUCAGCCUUCAGAAUGAAAUUAUGAAAAAAUACAUUGUUCACUUUAUUUAAAUGUCAUUUCUUCAGUUUCCAGUAUCCUUUUUUAAAAAUGGCAAAAGCCUAGAUUUAUAACUUGAUAAACACUAAAUAUUUCCUAUUAAUAUAAUCUAUUUUUGUAUUUUACUUCAGCUUUAAGUGCCUGUCAUUCUGAAAACUGUGUAUUUAUAAUCAAGCUUAUCUCAUAAUUGGACCUAAAGGCAUUAAUUGGUACAGUCAGGUGACGAGCCCUCCGAGGCUCGCGUGCUAGCAGGUAUGCAGGUCUAGUUUUGAUGCGUGCUCCAGACAUCAUGCAGUAACAAGACUAGCGGAUGAGUAACGCAGAUGUUUAACUUAGUCAUCGUAAUGAACCAGCCUUCCUAAGGUUAUGGUCCUCUAGGCGAUACGCUUUCCAGUGGAGGAUCACCAUGGACAGGGUGCAGCUCCACCAGUUCCUGUUUCUCUGAGCCAGACCCUCCUCAAGGAAGGGACCAAUUAAUUUUAAAACUCACUUGAAGCACAGCUGGUCCUGGGGCCUGGUUUAAAGUUCCUGUUUCCACACUGACACAUCCAGUUCCUGGCAUGCCAGCCCACUCCACCAUGCUGUCCUACCCCUGAAAUAAGUAUAAUGAUCUUGAAUUGGUACAAUGUUUAAUUGUAACCAAGUACAACAGAAUAUCACUGUCUCUGUCAUAAAUUAACCUAGCAGUAAAUGCUAGCAAAUAAAAACUAUCAUUCUGUUUC